AUGGGGUACGAAGUUCAGCGUACAUGGGCUCGAAGUAUCUGCUCGAAGAAGAAGCCGCAGUGCUGGGGGGACAUGCGCGCGGUCGUGCUCGGUGGGAACGCGCAGCCUCGUAAAGACAAGUUUGCGGAGGACGAGAUGCUCAUGGCUUUGAGGGAGGGUAAGACGCACCUUGACGUCCUCCUCUUCGAGUGCAAGCGUUACACGCACGACAUUGCGCAGGAUAUCCAGAAUUGGUGGGACCGACGGGAAGAGCUACAGAUGCUUUAUACGCAAGGGUCAGGAGGGCAACCGCGUCCCGUCAAGCUGACGAAGAGCACCGCGAAGCCCAAGGUCGCAUCGCACUUCGUACCCAGCACGCCCGGCGAGUCACCUAGCCCCUUCAAUGAGCCACACAAGCCUAGGAGUCCGUCGAAGAGGGCGCGCAAGCGCAUCUCGAUGGCCGGCUUGGACGCCGACGACGAGGAUGACGAUGAGGACUACUGUCCCGACGAUUGA